UGAAGGAGCAGUUCCCUGACCAGCCAGUCAACGAACUCCUACACACAGAUACAUGUAUGUGUGGUGAAUUUUCUUUUGUCUUGGUCACAGCUAAUUUGUAGGAUCACUGCUGAACAGUUUUGGGCUAACAAGCGUCCAGAUUGUGGAAAAUAAUGGCACUUCAACAGGAUAAAGAACCAAGCAUUGAGCUCUUCAUAAAGGCAGGCCAUGAUGGAGAGAAUGUGGGGAACUGUCCCUUCUGUCAGAGUCUCUUCAUGGUGCUGUGGCUGAAAGGAGUCAAAUUCACAGUUACUACAGUCGAUAUGAGGAAGAAGCCAGAGGAGCUGAAAGACUUAGCUCCAGGGACCAACCCUCCUUUCCUCCUAUACAACGGUGCCCUUAAGACUGACUUCAUGAAGAUUGAGGAGUUUCUGGAGGCAACCCUUGCCCCUCCCAGAUACCCUCAUCUCAGUCCCCUGAAUAAAGAGUCAUUUGAUGUGGGUGCUGACAUUUUUGCCAAGUUUUCUGCUUUCAUCAAGAACAGUCCAAACAACAGAGUACAAGAACAGGCUUUGCUAAGGGAGUUUAAACGCCUUGAUAUUUAUCUAAACACACCACUGCCCGAAGAGAUAGACCACAACUCCACCGAGGACAUUUCCGUCUCCAAGAGGAAGUAUCUCGAUGGCAACCGCCUGACGUUGGCAGACUGCAACUUGCUGCCCAAAUUGCAUGUGAUCAAGGUUGCUGCAAAGAAGUACUGUAACUUUGAGAUUCCGGCUCAUUUCACUGGCGUACAUCGCUACUUGCAGAAUGCAUACGAGAGAGAGGAGUUCAGCCAGACUUGUCCAGCCAGCGUUGAGAUUGAGAAAGCCUAUCUGAGCGUUGUUAGCAAGAGGACAUAGAUCUCCAGCUAAGAAAGUCUUGCAUUUCCAUCAACUCUUUACAUGAAGGAGGACAUUCAGCCUAAAUUUUGUAAAUAGCUUUAAAUUAAAUAAAGUGUCAGGUUCAGUUUAAACGGCUGAGUCCUGUGAGUUCGGUAUAAUAUUGAAAUGUUUGUUAAUGCUCUGAAUUGUACUACUGUGCCAUUUAAUGGUUUUUCCAUUUAUUUAGCCCAUGAACCUAAAACACUAGAGAUUCAGAUAAGUCAUUCUCUAGAAAUGUUUUUUAAUGAUGAAUAAUAUCUUCAUUUGUCAUAUUGGCACGUUAUAUAUUUUGGAUUUUUGAAAACAAUAAUUGUUUUAUAAUUCUGGAUAACCCCUGCACAAUCCCUUGGGUAGCCUGUUAAAUGGGCCAUGUGUGCAAUUUAAUGUACAUCAAAUGUGAUUUGCUUUGUCCAUAGUGUAUAUAUGUAUUUUACACACUCUUCUAAAUGUUUUAACACUCUUUUUUUUUUUUGUUUUGGUUUUUGUUUGUUGUUCUGGGGGAAUCUUUACAGAUUUUAUGUAAAGCCCUACAAAAGAGGGUUUCUCUUUGACAAAAGUCUCCAAGAUGAAGCUGUUUAGAAAGCUACGUUUGUGAACCAUACAAAAAAAAACCUUAAGAAACCUUAUUUUCCUUAAGAGCUUAUCUAUUCAAUCCUACAUUUUAUGUAUAUACAUAGUGUUAUGUAUACACGUAUCAUGAGUGAGUUAAACACUAUACCAUAACCAAGCAUGCUGGCAAACUUAUGUCUGAAUCAACAUAAACUGAAAUUUCAUGUUAUGUGCAUAGAUCAGGUAUUCUACACAAUGAAUAAAUGUAUGAGUAAUCGUAUUACAGAAAAGGUUACAUUCAGAUCAAACAUAAUAUUGUUACUGAAGGAAAAGGUCAAAUGCAUUUCAUUUCACAAUUUAAUUAAAAAUAAAAAUAAUUUCAUACAUAUCAA